CUAUGCCGUACUUGCGCUGCCAUAUCCUGGCUCACUGUUCGGCUACCACCUCUUCCUGAUUGCAAGAGGUGAGACCACGAGAGAGUACCUCAAUUCUCACAAGUUCAUGCAGAAGGACCGACAUCGCCCGUUCUCCCAAUCAUCAAUCCUUUCCAAUUGGGCCGUCGUGCUCUUUCGACCGCGACCACCCUCAUACAUGGGCUUCAAAAAGAGUUACGAUGAUGGUGACCAGCGUCUUGGCUACACCCUGCGACGUAAGGAGAGACUUGAGAAAGAGAGACAUGAGGCUGCACGAUCUGCGAGCAGAGUCGAUGGGCUUAAGAAGCGGUUUUCGGUAACGAGGGGUGCCGGAAACGCGAACGGUGGGAUGGAAAUGAAGGAUCUUCCACCGACCCCUACCGCAAAUGGUACAGCGAAUGGUGCGCCUGGUGGAGUCACCAAGAAGAAUAAUCCUCCAGGUGGCAUGAACAGCACGCCACGCUAGUGAAUUGAAGCGGAAAGGAUGAUUGUCAAAAGCAUGUUGAACGCAUUUGAUUCUCGCGAAUGAGCUUUGUAUGUUCUUGUUGUUGAUGAGCAAGCGACGGCGUUAUAUCUGGGGUCAACAGGGUACCGACAUGCAGCCAACCUGGAGACUAUCCAGGCACGCACUUAAGGAGCUUCUUCCUCCAGCAUGCAGCAUAGUAGUAGUGUAUAGUAAUGUCAAUGUUUGUUUGGUCUUGGCCACCUCUCCCCGCAGGCGUUGGAGGGCGAAUGGGCACUUUUGGGUCAGUACUUCUUCGGGGUCGACUUGCCACCAUCCGAUGUCGAUAUCUUCUUCUGACCCGAGGCCAUCUUCCGAGAUGCGCAUUCAGCAAAUCCAGUCUGUGAUCCGGAACAGCGGAAGAACUUACGCUUACGACUGGAACCGGGAGAUUUCCAUCAAUGAAUCUGCAAGGAGGCCCAAAUCUGAGCAUAUGCAUCAGAAUAUCAUAGCUUUGGGUCUCGGCACUCAGCAUCGGAUGCAGUCCAAUCUCUUGAACGAGUUCGAGCGGCUAAAUCAGGACUGCAAUAGAUUGUACCUGCUCUUUGGGCAUAUGAUAGUGCGGAUCAUUGCGAGGCACUCUACCGCGAGCUCUUGGUUCGGCUCGGCCUCAGCUCCUGCGCCUCGCCAUAACGAAAUCGGUCUCUCCAUUUCAUCGCACGGCCGUAACGUCUUCGUCUAUUUGGCCGGUCAAGUUAGGAUCAAGUCGCGGCUCUUUCCGCAUGGAUUAAGACCAUUGACACCAAGCAAGCUCGCAUUUGCCUCCACGGGACUACAACCAGCGGCUACCGAGCUUGUUGACCCAAUGGCUACCAAUACGUGCGCCACGCACAUAUAUCAGCAGCAUGACCAUACACACCCACAAUCUCAAUUUAUACGAGCACCGAACGGCGAAUCUCUAGGCAUGACCCCAUCCAGAUGCCUCAACCAAGAUCCACAUGACACCCAUCUGAUGCCCUGCUGCCACAGUCCCACCAACCACGAAAUAUGUACAUAUGACUUCUGCGUCAACUGCGAUAGCCCACAGCACGAGCUGCCGAUGAACCUCUCCGAGACGAGCACUGGUAUCACGCUACUCUGUUCUGCGUUUGUUCUGUGCGACUACUCAAAGCAUCGAAGUGCUGCUGUCUUCCAUCGUCAUUUACAUGACUGGGCAGGCUCGGAUAUCAUUUACAAAAGCAGUGAAUGCGGUCAUCCGGAUCGACGACGGUCUGGAAUCCGAAGUUCUGAACCUAGCAUGGUUCACGCUGUUGGGCUCCCGGCUCCUUGCGCUGUCGAACCGCCGGAGGACGGCUACUUUGGGCAGCUUCAGCCUAGGGGAUUCUCACGACAACAGCUCGGAUCAGGAUCGCGACCAGGAUUAGAACUCAAUCAGAGGAGCACAUUGACCGCACAUCUGCAGAAGAGACGAGCCACGAAGAAACGCCGUGCAGAUUGUAUCACAGCCGUCGAGAGAAGUCGCCCGGCUGGUAUCUCUGCAUCAAGCAAGCAAAGUCUGGAUCUUUCAGACAGUAGGACAAAGCUGGCAAUGUCGAAAACGUCAUGA